GAGUUCUGUGGGGUAUAUAAGCCCCCUGGGGCUCACGCCAAAGCGCGGCUUCACACAGUCUUCUCUUCUUCGAGCUUCUUAAGCUUCACACAUACCGUCUCAGAAUGGCACCCAAGAAGGCCAAGAGGAGAGCAGGCGGAGGAGAAGGUUCCUCCAACGUCUUCUCCAUGUUUGAGCAGAGCCAGAUUCAGGAGUACAAAGAGGCUUUCACAAUCAUUGACCAGAACAGAGAUGGUAUCAUCAGCAAGGAUGACCUCAGGGAUGUGUUGGCUUCAAUGGGUCAGCUGAAUGUGAAGAAUGAGGAGCUGGAGGCCAUGAUUAAGGAGGCUAGCGGUCCCAUCAACUUCACCGUCUUCCUCACUAUGUUCGGAGAGAAGCUGAAGGGUGCUGAUCCCGAGGAUGUCAUCCUGGCCUCUUUCAAGGUGCUGGAUCCAGAAGGCACAGGAACCAUUAAGAAGCAAUUCCUUGAGGAGCUGUUGACCACUCAGUGUGACAGGUUCUCCAAAGAGGAGAUGAAGAACCUGUGGGCCGCCUUCCCCCCAGAUGUGGCUGGCAACGUCGACUACAAGAACAUCUGCUACGUCAUCACACACGGCGAGGAGAAGGAGGAGUAAGAGAAGAAGCUCGGCGAACAGAGAAACGAAGCCGAAACUGCGUCCCUCGCCGCUCCUCCCUGUCCUGUCCUUCGUCCCUUUCUUUUCUUACUCAAGCCCUUCCCUCCCUCCAUCUCUCCUCUUCAUGCAUCCAUUUCAUGCCAGGGACUCGUCUCCGAGAGACUCCGGCACAGAAGAACGGAGAGGACCGCGUCCGUGGUGUCCGUCAGUGGGGAAACGGGGUGAUUGUCAAUAAAACCAUCCUUUACCAUCAUCUCAAUCUCUCUCUCUCUCUCUCUCUCUCUCACUCAUUCCUCCUUCCUCUCUUUUCUAUCUUUCACGUGUCUUACAACCGUCUCGUCACCAAACAUCGUCCCUUGCCAUGUGUGUUAGUGUGUAGGAAACCCACGGUUGUCCUACCACUGUCCUCACUAGGGUCACGGAGCCUGCCUGUCAUACCGUCAUGCAGGGCUCUUUCAGGCCUCGGCUGCAACAGCUGAUUGGCUCGAUCCGAAAGAGCUUCAGGAAUCCACUCUGGGCACCUAAAAACAAGGGACCUCUUUCUCUUUUUUACGACGAGGGAAUCCAGCAUCAGCCAACUUGUUUUUGACCCAGUCGACUGUCUUGAUUAGUGAGAGGAGAACAAACGGAAGAGUGAUGAGAAGGCCGGUCUCCUAAAAGCGAUGGCUGGGCUGUUGACGAGGGAGAGAAACAGAAAAAGGAGUUGAAAGAGGAGCAGAGAGCAGGGAAAGAAAGAAACCAUCAACUUCUUCUCUCCCACUCCCCCCCCUCCUCUCUCGCUUUCGUAAUCCACCCACGCCUUGCCCUUCUUCACGUGGGCUUGCAUUUGCUUUGUCCCCAAUCCUUCUGUAACCAAUAAAAAGAGAGAAACUGUGAAUAAAGCAACCUUAUCUUUCGUA